AAAAGACAUCCGCUUCACACUCCGAAAAGAACCAGUAAACACCACAACUCCCUCACUCAUCGCACACACCUUCAGUGUGAGCUUCAUAUAAUUCCCUUAAUAAAGGGUAAAGGCUUAAAAUUAAUAAAUAAACUGUGGCACACAGUGAUAGAAUUAAACGAAAAUCGCAUCAAAGAAUGGAGGAAUCUAAGGGAAAUUUUGAGCAGAAGAAAAUAGCCAUAAAAUUGGUUGGUGGUGGAGGAAUCGGAGCCGUCGUCGUGUUGGGCGGCGCGUUGGCCACAGCCGCCUUGGCCUCCGCCUUCGUGGUCGGCAAAAACGGCUGGAGCUCCGGCAAAGACCGCCGCCGCCGCCGCGGUCCGGCACCUGAGCCUUCACAGGUUGAUGACCAUCCAAGAGGUGAACCGAUUAAAUCUGAUAAUGAUACUAAGCUGAGCUCAACACUGAAUGAGAAAUCCAAAUCAGAACAAAUCAGCAAUCGAACACCGGACAUAGAGACGAGCGAAGAAAGUCUAUGUCCGGUUACUCCCGAGAAGCUGGAAACCUGUACCACCUGUAAUGGUUCUAUCAUGGUCGAGGAAAAAAAUCAUUUGUCUGAAAAGAAAUCCCAAAACGAGUCUCAUGAUACUAUGCAUGAAGGCAAAGUAACAGCUCGGUUAUCCGAGCAAGUUCUUGUUGAUGAAGAUUUUGUAGAAAGUGAAUCUAUUGAUGAGAUGACUCGGAAAGUAAAAAACCUAGAAGAAAGUGAUGUGGUGUGGUUCAACCGUGAGGAGGUUAAGGUAAUUUUAGUGGAUAAGAUGAUUGAUGAAAAGAAAGUCGAUAAGGAAAUGGAUUUGGAGUCGAGAGAAUUUGAUGAAGGGGAAAAUGCGAAUGGGGAAGAGGAAAAAUGUCGGUUGCCCAUUGAGAUUUUGGAGAUUGUAAAGGCGGAUAAUGUGUGUUUUGAGAUUGAGGGGCAUUUGGUUGAAAAAGAAAAUGAAAAAUGUGAUGAAAUGAAAAUCGUGGUAGAAGAAUGCGAGGACCUAAUUGAGGUGGUGAAUGAAGGUGAAGUUCUUGUUGACGAUGAGAAGUCGGAAAAGAAAGUCGAUAAGGAAAUGGAUUUGGAGAUGAGAGAAUUGGAUGAAGGGGAAAAUGUGAACGAGGAAGAGGAAAAAUGCCGGUUGGAUAAUGUGUGUUUUGAGAUUGAGGGGCAUUUGGUUAGGAAAGAACAUGAAGAAUGUGAUGAAAAGAAAAUCGUGGUAGAAAAAUGCGAGGACCUAAUUGAUGUGGUGGUGGAUGAAGGUGAAGUUCUUCUUGAUGAUAAGAACGAUGAACAAGCUUGCAUAAUCUUUCCCGAUUUGAAAGACACGGGAUUGUUGGAAAAGGUUAGAGAAGAGAUGAUUUUGUCCAAAAAUACUCAAGUUACGAAAGACCACAAAAAUGUUGAUGACCUUGAGAAAGUUGUUGAAGGUGAAGUUGGGUUCGAGCUAAUUUCCCUUGAAAAAUGUGUAGUUGAGAGAGACCACAAGAAUGAUGAUAGUGAGAAAGAUAUUGAAGAGGAAGUUGAGUUCGAGCUAAUUUCCCUUGAAAACAAUAAUGACCAUAAGAAUGAAGAUAUCGAGAAAGACAUUGAAGAGGAGGAAGUUGAGGUCGUCGAGCUAAUUUCCCUUGAAUCCAUUGAAGUGAAAGCCAACCAAGAAAAAGAUCUGGAGAAAGACAAUGAAGAAGAAGUUGAGGUCGGGCUAAUUUCCCAUGAAUCCAUUAAAGUGAAUACCAACCAAAAAACAGGUCUUGAGAAAGACAGUGAAGAGGAAGUUGAGCUCGAGCUAAUUUCUAACGAAUCCAUUGAAGUGAAAGCCAACCAAAAAAAAGAUCUUGAAGAAGACACUGAUGAGGAAGUUGAGGCAGAAAUUAUUCCACUUGAAGACAUUGAAGUUACUCAAGACCAAGUCGAGACAAACAUUGUAGCAGAAAUUGAGGACUUACAACCUAAGACAAAUGCAAAAACAGAGGAUAAUUUUGUCGAAGAAAUAAGCAAAUCCAAAGAUAACGGCCAAAAAAUUCGAGAAGUUGGCGGUAAGAGUCGAGAGGAUAAAUCGAUCAAAAAAUUCGACCACGAUCCUCAAGAUCAUAACCAAACAGAAAGCAAUAAAAUUGUAGAGGGUUUUAUCAAGAAGUACGUGGCUGAUGAGCUGGCAAUGUCGAAGGAUUUUCAUUUCGCGAAUUCGACACAUCGGAUAAUAACAAUAAUAGCGAUACUAUCCGUGGUGUCGUCACUCUCAUGCUCAUGGUUCUUUGGCCUAUCAUUUGCCAAGCUAUGCAUUGUUGUGUUUCUGACCAUUUUAUUCUCGUCCAUUGUUGUACUUGUCGAGUAG